AAGUGUAAUACCGUUGAAAAAUAAUGUAAAACUCAAAUCAAAUAAACAAACAAUUGUUAUAUGUCGGCCUGAAAUUUACAUACGUCGCCGGUUCCUGAGAAAUACAUUUAUGUUUACAGUCACUCUUUGAGAAGCCAGGGAAAACAAAGCAUUAGAAACGCAGACGAUUCUUGGAUAAAAGGAGAGAAACAUGGUCGGAUUACUGAAAACGACAAUUCUAUGUGUGGCGGCGGCUGGUUGUUGGGUAGUCUUGGCUGCUAUCCAGGCAGAGAACCCACGAGCGUGUUUGAUGAUGCCAGAUGACUCGUACCGGAAAUACCAAUGUGUCAAGGAUUACGCGGGAAUAAUGCCACUUAUGGCAUGUUUGCUAAAAUGCUGUUCUCAACAUAGAUGCAUUGGGAUUUUUCACAAGAAUUCAAGCACGGAAUGUUUUUUGAUAAACGCUACUGAAAAAUCUGCCAGUUGUCUUGAUAUGGACUGGAAUAGCUGGACUGCUUACAAGAAACAGAAAGACCUUGGUACGUGUGGUGCUCACCUGAUGGAUACAGUCGGUUACACAAGUCUCGCGAAUAAUGAAGACGAAGAUGCAGAACAAUCACGACUUGACACUGUUCCCUUCGGCGAAAAUGAGAUAGGGGGUUUUGUUUUGGACAAGGAGUAUAUUAUGGUAAGACUUUUUUCCGAAUUGACUGAAGCAGUAUUUAAUCGAAAAAUGUGA